AUGGAUCAGAUUGAGUCGCAGGUCAGCGACCUGCACUACUUGACCCAAACAGCAGUCCCUUUGCCGCCUGACCGCGCUGCUGCUGCUUAUUCUCCACACAAUCAACAAGCUCAUUCUCCCCUUUCCGCGACCCCCGGAGACAAUUCCGCGAACACGGCAGGGGGAGCACGCGGCGCAUCUGCUGCCGCUUCUUCGGUGUCUGGCUCUAAGAGGAAGUCUGAGGAUGAAGGCGCUGCCGCCAAGCAGCAGAGAAGCAAGCGGAAUAGGUACAUAUCGAUCGCCUGUAACGAAUGCAAGAGGCGCAAAAUCAAGUGCAAUGGCGAGACUCCCUGCCAAAGAUGUGGCAACCUCAACCUGGCGUGCCUCUACGCCCCUAACUGCUGUUCCAACAACUUCAAGGACUCGGACGAGUACAAGACCAUGACGGCGCAGAUGACCCGGCUACAGGAGCAGGUCGACAACCUCUACCAAAGCAUGAAUGCCCUUCGUUCCGAAACUCUGCGUCUUGCUCCCAUCCAAGACAAAGUAUUACCUUUCCCUUCGAGCACCGUCCAGGCCUCUCCGGCGAGCUCGCUGUCUUCCCUCCAGCGGCCCGAGUUGACCCAACCAAAGCAGGCACCUUUCCGUGGCCCCACCAGCAUGGCCUUCAAUAUGGACGUUGCAAACAACACCAUCCACAACAUGGGUUACAAGGGCAUCGGUGAUGGCGAGGACCAGAGUACUCCCUCACUGAUGCUCGAUGACAGCCCCUUCCGCAUAGGACCCCAAGAGAACCCGACUGAACCUUUAUGGGACUUUACCAAGGAGGAGAUGAUACGUCUAAGCCGCUUACAUGACGAGGAGGUUGGCAUCAUGUAUCCCGUCAUCAAGAUUCAGGCCGUCAUCGAGCAUAUUCGCAACCUGUUUCCUUACAUGGAGUCGGCCAGGAAACAAGGAAUCAGGCCGAUGAUCAAUGAUGACAUGACUCUCCAGCUCAAGAUUGUCAUGUCUUGUGCUCUUGUUGUCGAGGAACAUGGCCAUAGCGAGAAGGCCAUUAAGCUGAUCGACAGUAUGGAUGCCGUUGCCAACCGUAAGCUGAUGGUGGACCCGGUUGACUUCACGAGUCUUCCAGCCCUGUGUCUUCUCGCUGGCUAUAAGUUCCUGGCCAACGAAGAAAUUGCGGCAUGGCGUAUCAUGGGCCAAGUAACCAGGUUAUGCUUGGAAAUGGGUAUUCAUCGUCAAACUGGUCUGAUGGCCAUUGAAAACGAGGAGGAGCGGAAGACUGCGUUGAACAGCUUCUGGUCAGCGUACGUUCUGGAUAGACGAUGGGCUUUUGCUACAGGCUUGCCGUUUGUUGUCCCAGACGAAGAGAUCGACCCAGACCUGCCGCUGCCCGACGACGCUCCAUAUCUCGCUGCAAUGGUCACUUACUCAAGGCUGGGUGCCAAGGUUUGGCGUCAGGUCGCUCAUUUCGGACCUGUUCUAGCUCGCGAACUUAGGCAUGAGGACAUGGAGCGUUUGGAUCAAGAAAUCCUGCAGUGGUACGAGACCGUACCGGAGGAAGUCAAGCUUCGAAACUGGGACAAAGAGAAGAAAGUCACGUCGACCCCGUCAUACAAUCUACUAAGGCUUCGUGUCUGGACAUAUCUCCGAUUCAACCAGAUUCGUACUUGGCUUUAUACUCCGAUUCUGCACAGCGCCACGAGUAUCAUGAGCCACAUGGCACAGGCCCAACGCGUCGUGGACCUUGCGAAGGAUACGAUCCGGUAUCUCAACCAUCUGAACAACACUACGAACCUUUACCGGAAAAUUCAGGUGUUCUAUCACCAGUUCCUCACCUCGGCCAUUUCCGUUCUCUUCCUCGCUUCCGUUCACGCUCCGGUCAAAUUCAGCCCCAUAUGCCGUGAAGAGUUUUACAUGGCUUUGGAGCUUGUCAAAGAUCUUUCCGCAAAGAGUUGGGUGUCACAGCGUCUCUGGCGUACCAUUUCGUCGCUCAAGGAGGUCGCACCUAGCAUUGGUCUCCGCAACCAACCCGACGAGGAUCCGCAUAACUCGGCGGCGCUCGCGAUGGCAGGGCUUGCAACUGGCCGUCUGUCGACAAACCCAGCUGCCAUGGCGCCGUUUGGGCGAUCGUCGAUGCCAUCUUCUUCACAGGCGAUGCCUCAACAACAACCCAUCGCCGGUAUUGAUGGUAUUCCGUCGCCGAACAAUGGAGCACGCAUCCAGACGGAAAUGAGCCGCAUUUUCGAAGAUUAUGUAGGCAUGAACGGCUACUCAACAGGCGAAGAUGGUUUCGUAGGGUCAUCCAGCGCAGAUCUGGCCCCGGCAACCACCAGUAUGCCUAACCCGUAUGUCGACAAUGUCUUCUACCACUUUAGAGAGAUGUUCUAG